AAGAAUUAUCAUGACAUGGGUCGUAUCAUAAUUGCAAACCUAGCUAAGGGAGUUCGUCAACACACGAGCUCACCUUAAUAAUUGCCACAAACGUUGAUAUAUAUUUUCUGAAUUCAUUUUCCCUCCAUUCCUCUCACUUUUCCUUUCAUACUAAUCAUGAUCUGCUCACGCCUUGUUUCCUUUGUCGUCAUCGCAUUUGCCGUCGUUGCAUCUGCCGCUUUCCCCGAAAGAAAAAUCGAGGAACACUUUGCAGUCAAAACGCUGUGUGCAGCAAGGGUCUUUACUGCCGCAGAUACAAUGGCGCUGUUUACGGCACCUGCGAAAAGCCUUUCUAAAUCUCUGUCCGACUGUAUAGCAAAAACUGCCGCCCCUCCCAUCAAGCUCAAGAUUCAAACUUUAGUUUCUACACGUCUUCUAUUUUUGGAGAGCUGCGCUAUAUUUGGCUUUCAUUCGCUUGCAAUCAAGUACCCAUCUAUUUUUUGUAGUUCUUUAGAAAAAGGAAAAAUCGAAUUAAAGAAAAAAAAAAAAAAAGCCUUGUACAUUUUUAGAGUGCGUAUAAAAAAUGUGGUAUGUUUGUUUUCCAAGUAGGAUAGGCAUUAACAUGAAAGAUAUAUUCAACUACUUUGAAAU